AUCUUUCAGUUUUGCCUACUUUGAGGAAACAUGGUUUUAAGGAAAUUUCUGUACUUUUGGCCCCUGAAAUAUGGCGUUGUUACAGUGGGCAUUGCCUUUGGACUAACGGACUUCAUCGUGGGCAGCAUUGGGUGGGAUAUGGUUAUCUCAAACAAGUAUCCGGAUUAUGUGGUCGAGUUCUUUAGAACCAUGGACACCCGAGUCUGCGUGGCCGGAUUUGCAACCGUGUUCUGGUUGAUGAUGCUCAACCACUUCCUACUGAUCUAUGCCGUGUUUUACCAAAAACUUCUGUUGAUCGGAACUUGGCUGUUGAUAAACUACAUGGUAUUUUUGUUUACCCUCGUCACCGUGUUGUUGGAUGGCUUGCUGAUCCUCAGGAUAAUUACCCUCGGAUACUGUCUGAUCGUGGUGAAGGCCUACUACAGUGAGUUGACUGUGGUUGAGGACGAAGCUUCCGAGUCCAGCGACGGAGCAACUGAAAGUGACAACGACUCAAAUGUCUGAAUUGUGAAAAUUUCCCAAUUAAAGCAGCAAUAAAUUCGAUUACGGCAGUA